UCUGUGACCAGCUGUGCCUUGCAGCCCUGGUGAGCCCCAUCACUCCCCACUCACCCGUGUCUGGUCGGUGCUGAACGUGGCCAGAGCGCUCCAAACCCCGUGUCUGGGGCUGGCGUCGAGCGCAUAAAACCUUCGCGGCAGCGUCCUUGCCCGUCCCCAGCUGAGGUGGCCGCGGAGGGCCUCAGCUGCGGCCCGGGCCGCAAUCCGGCGCUCCCCGCCUCCAAGACACGAACUACAUCUCCCGCCGGGCUGCGGACACAGAGGCCUGGUCGGUCCCGUGCCCCUCUCCCAGUGGGCGGCCCCGGCGGCGAGCACAGCGAGGCGAGGGCGGUCCCGGCUCCGGCCGCGGCAGGCAUUAUGCUGCUCGAAGUGUUCCUGCUUCUGGGUUCAGUCAUCAUCUACUUCUUAUUUUACAAGAAGAAAGAAGAAACAUUGCCCUUCAAAGAGGGAUGGUGGGGCAAGGGACAAAAGCCUGCUGCUGAAGAAGAUACAACUAUUCGACCAUUCAAGGUGGAAACUACAGAAGAAGAGCUGAGUGACUUGUAUAGGAGACUUGACCAGGCUCGAUUCACUGAGCCACUGGAGGACAGUUGCUUCCAUUAUGGGACUAACUCGGUGUACCUCAAGAAGGUUGUCUCCUACUGGAAAAACCAGUUCAAUUGGAAGAAACAAGUUGAAGUCCUCAACAAGUACCCACAAUUCAAAACUAAGAUUCAAGGCAUUGAUAUCCAUUUUGUUCAUGUGAAGCCUCCUCGUCUGCCUGAAGGCCAGUCUGCAAAGCCACUGUUAAUGGUUCAUGGCUGGCCUGGCUCAUUCUAUGAGUUUUACAAAAUCAUCCCUCUCCUGACGGAUCCUGCCAGCCACGGCCUCAGUGACGAACACGUUUUUGAAGUCAUUUGUCCAUCUAUCCCUGGUUAUGGUUUUUCAGAAGCACCCCACAAAAAAGACUUCAAUUCUGUAAGUGCUGCUUCUGUUUUCUAUGAACUGAUGCUCAGACUGGGAUUCAACGAGUUCUACACACAAGGAGGUGACUGGGGCUGGCUCAUCUGCACAAAUCUGGCCCAGAUAGCUCCUAACCAUGUGAAAGGUCUCCAUUUAAAUCUCGCCUCAGUUUCCAACAUGGGGUUCACUCACCUGCUCUCCAUCCUGCUGGGCCGCUAUCUUCCAGGGCUCUUUGGUUUCCAGGAUGAAGAUGUCAGGCGGAUGUUUCCCUUCUUAAAGAAAGGAGUCUACAAGAUCUUGAUGGAGUCUGGCUACGCUCACAUACAGGCUACAAAGCCUGAUACUGUUGGCUGUGGUUUGAAUGACUCUCCUGUAGGACUGGCUGCGUACAUCUUGGAGAAGUUUUCUACAUGGACUGAUCCAGAAUUCUGUAGUUUAGAGGAUGGAGGACUAGAGAGGAAGUUUCACCUGGAUGAUCUGCUCACCAAUAUCAUGAUCUACUGGGUGUCAGGCUGUAUAGUCUCCUCCAUGCGUUUCUACAAAGAAAAUCUGCAGAAGGGGAUAGGUACACAGAAACAUGAAAGGCUCACAGUACAAGUACCUACUGGCAUUGCCUCCUUCCCUAAUGAAAUCAUGCACACGCCCCAGGCUUGGGCCCAGAAGAAAUACACCAACAUCGUUUCCUUCCAUUUCAUGACUCGAGGUGGCCACUUUGCAGCAUUGGAGGAACCUGAACUUCUUGCUGAAGAUAUUCUGCAAUUUGUUGGGAAAGUAGAGAAAGAGCAACUUUGGAGAAAGAAAGAAUAACUCUGCUGACAAACAGCAGGGUAACUGCUUAUAGCUUAGCACAUGUACAAGCCUUACCAAGUACUGUAAUCCAUGCAGUUACAUCUUAUUCUUGACCAGAUGUGAGAGGACAGCAAGAACAAUGCAGUAUAUCUCUAUGAGAUACUGCCAUGGAGACCUAUUGAUUGUGGGUUGGGUCUCUUUGUUCAGCUAAGCUGAGACAGUAGCAUGAAGAUCACUUGGUUAUCUUCUCCCUCAAGCAGACUUCUAAAAUCUGUAGUUCCGUAGUAUUCCUGACCCUUGCUUUGAAAUUGAAAAAUAGACCUUAAACAUCAGAAUUAACUAAUCAGAGUUUAUUAGAGGCUUUUUUUCAUGGCAGCAGUAAAACUUGAGUUGGUGUAGGUGUGAGGUGCCUCACACAAAGACUGGGAACAGCAAGACCUAACUUGUGUGAGUGCAGGGGUUAGUCAGCAUCGAUGAUCUGCAGCACCCUUACACUAGCCAGCUGGCUGCCCUUCCCAUCCAGCCUGGGCUGUUGAGCAGCUUCCUGGCUGGGAGGAAGAUCUGCUCCCCUCUGCCUGGCUCCUUGUACAGCAGUGUGUGAAAUGUACCAGCUCAGACCAGAGGGAGGGACUGGGUCUGAGUAAGUGUAGCCCAAGCUCCCUCUGCACUGAAUUUGUACUCUUAACCAAAAUCAUGGCCCUGGACAGGCUCAAGACACUGUGGCUUUGCACUGCUGCUGCAGAGGGCUGUAAAUACCUCUUCCUAAAGAAUAAAAGUGUGGUUAAUUAAAAAAUAAAAGACCUGCAUUAACAUUUUGAAUAA